ACAGAUCGAAUUAGGUCAAAGUCUACGCUCGCUCUCAUGCCGCACCUACAUAAAAAACACAAAAAGCAAAUGUAGCGUUUGUUUCACAGUGCAGUAAAAAUAGCUCAGCCACUGAAGCUCUGGUCCUUUAAAUGUAACUCAAACUAGUUACUGAACGAGCUGCACCAGAAUAUCAGGAAAUGCUGCAUUCCACUGGGUGUGUGCUCACACAUUUGCCACCUGUUUGGAAGCAUUCUGCCAGGUGUUCAAGUCAAAGUCAAGUUGAUUUCAGCGCAGAACUUUCUGGAUUAAAGAAAAAAAUGACUUUGCUUUCAUAAAGUAUUUGAUCUGUAACGAAACCAGUCGACAUGAAUGGGAUCCAGUCAGUGAGUGUUGGAUGUGUACUGACUUCCUGUUUUCUGCUGGGACUCUGUGUGUUCCAGUCCAUUUCAGCCCAGAGUGGUGAAGCCUUGCCUGACAAUUUCAUAGGGUUUGACUCAGUCCCUGACAAAGUGGCAGAUGGCUCAGUGGUCCGUGUGCGGUUUCGGUGCUCCGGGCCCUGUCAGCUCACAGUGGAGGUGGCGGUGUCAACAUUAAGGAAGACAGAUUUGGUGGUUUUCAGGAGAAAAUGGAUCAGCAGUGCACCUCAAGUCCACAGGAUUCAGCCGGUGCGGCUCAGAUUGCCUCCAUCCAUUUCAGAUCAUCAUGACUUCCUCAACAGGAACAUAUUGGACAGCCAGAAUGUGACAGUUUGUGCCUGGUUGGACUACUUAAGCACAAGCAGAGGAACUGCCACACACCACAGCUCUGUCUUAAAGGUCUAUAAAGUGCUGCAGGUGAUGCCGCUGUUUGAUUGGCCGAGCAAACCCCUCGCCGGGUGCCCUUCGUUGUCUGCUCAGCUGGUGUGGCUGAUGACCAGCAGCAGAAUCCCUCAGUGCCCUCACGAGUCAGAUGUGACUGAUGUGCUAAACUUUCCUUUGGCGAGUACCGGCGAGCCCUUCGGGUUGGUGCGCAGGUUUCAGCCUUUCAUCAACAGAGACCUGGAGAGAGCCCGCCGUCACGCUGUGACCCAGCCGAGCAUCGCCUUGUCUGUGUGGAUCUACCUGGUGGAGCAGUGUCACCAGAACCUCUGUGGGAUCAUCCAUCACAUCGACAGCAGCAACUCGUAUGACUCUGUCCUCGUGCAGCUCACAGAAACAGGAGACAUCAUCAUUCAGGCGCGCCUGACAACAGGAGGAGAUGAAGCAUUUCGGGCUAACGUUGCGCUGCCCCUGUGGAAAUGGAUCAGAUUGGACUGUUACAUGCUGGACUCAAAGAUUAGGAUGGAUGCAAGCUGGGACAACAAAACCCGCAAAUUUGACUAUCAGUUCCGCAACAGCCUCCACUAUGACGACACAGACGGAUAUUUUGUGAUUGGAGGAGGAAAAUAUCUAUCAGGCAUCCGUGGAUAUUUUGGGCCUAUUAAAUACUACCGCCUUGGAACAAACGAGGUAAAAAAUACACUGCACACCAACUCAACCUUCCAGGAGCUGGACCAGGUUCACAGAGAGUGUCUGGAGGUGAAAGCAUUCACAGAAACCUUAAUGGAAGAAGUUUCUAAGGCUCAGCUCCUGUCAGACAAUGAAGCUGCAUGUACUCCUCACUACUUACACCAGUGGAGUCAGUUCAACAAAGCAGAGAAAACGUGCACACAAGCAUGGACCUGGGAAACACAACUCAAGCACGCAGCGUUCUUUCAUUACCUGCAGAGAAACCAGGAUGACAUCAGAUCAGGGUCUCUGGGUUUGAAGCAACUUGGCAGUGUUUUGUUUGACCUGGCAGUUCAAAGCAUGCUUCCUGUGGAUGAGGCACAAACAAAUAUCUCGUCCAGCUCAUUGGCUUUUUUACAAGUUUCCUCCUGCUUUGGUAACCACAGAGCAUCUCUCUUGCUGGCUGCCACUCACAUGUCCGGACUGGGGCUCCCAGUCAGUCGAGUUCAGGGGCAUGUCUAUAGUUUGAUCGGUGCCCUGGGAGACGAUCGGUUUGCCCUGAUGCAUGUUGGGUACAAACACUCACUUGGAGCUGAUGGGUUUCCUAAAGACCUGGACGUGGCUUACGGAUAUUACUCCAACGUUGGCGCUCAGAGCAGCAUCGACCAUUCCCAAGCACACGAAAUGGAGCAAUACAUCCCCGAACACAUCUACUUAAGCAACGAGGAGGAUUUAAAGAGCCUGACUCAUGAGUCCAGCGACGUCUUCCAGUAUUUGGAAUUCCAAGCCGAGAGAGGAGACGUGGAGGCACAGAGACGGCUGGGAAUAAUGCUGUACUGGGGACAUAACCGAGUGUCCAAAGACAUAGCAAGCGCGGUGAAGUGGUUCGAGAGGAGUGCCGUAGAAAUGAAGGACCCCUCUGCCAUGUACGACUACUCCAUCCUGCUAAUGAAGGGCCAGGGAGUGAAAAGAAACUACACUCGAGGUUUUCGGCUGCUGAAAGAAGCAGCUGCGCUGGGCUCAAUUAAUGCCUUGAACGGCUUGGGCUGGUACCAUGGGAAAAUCCUGAAGGACUACAAAAACGCGGUGAAAUAUUUCGAACAAGCUGCCUCAAAUGGGAGCGAUGAUGGGAUGUUUAACCUGGGAAUUUAUCACCUCACCGGGAAGAUCCCUGACAGACCCUGGAGGAACGAGAGCGCUGCAUUCCAACAGUUUCUCAACGCAUCCCGGCUGGGCCACGUCGGAGCGUCGGUGGAGGCGGCGUGGUACCUUUCCACAGGAAACCUGGAAGGGGUGUCUCAGGAUGUGGAGAGGGCUGUGAUAAUGCUCAGGAAGGUCUGCGAACAGAACGGACACCUUGGAUUUAUGGUUAGAGAGGGUCUUCAGGCCUUCCUCCAGGACUCUCGGGAGGAGGCGCUCUUAAAAUACAUCUUGGCAGCUGAGACGGGCCUCACUGUAGCCCAGACGAACGCCGCUCACCUGUGUGAGGAGCUGAGUCUCGGUUACGAUUGUCAGUGGAGAUAUUACAACUACUCUAUAUUAAACUCUCAACCUCAUCCAUCAGCUCUGCUGAAAAUGGGAGACUACUACAGCAGCCGCGGCUCCCGGGGCGCACGGGAGGACUCAUUAUCCUCGGCCGAGCGGGCCGUAUCAAUGUACAGCAGAGCGGCUCACGCGGGCAGCCCUCAGGGAAUGUACAGCUUGGCUGCUUUGGCACAACGAGGCCACAUUCUUCCAGCCGCCAUCCUGCAUUCUUUCAACGCAUCUCUGCAGGAUGAGCCGGACUCUGUGAUGGAGAAGAUCUUAAGAAGAUGUGUGGAGAUGGAGGAUGAGGAGGCAAUUACUCCCUGUUCUCUAGCGCUGCUCGGACUCCAGACGGGAAAAGCCUUGAGGAAGAUGACUCAGAACGGCGCGCAGCUCUUGUUGGCAUAUGCAUCGCUUCUCUCCGUCUUUGUUCUGGCUGUCAUUAUGCCACUACAGAGUCACUUUGGGAGCGCUGGUUUCCCACCGAGGAGGAGGAGGACAUCUUCAGGCAGCCCCUAUGAGAGCAGAGAGGAAGGUGACGGGGCAGAGGGCGGCCGAUGGCUGACGGAGAACGGCGAGCUGUGGCUCCGACAGGCUGGGGAUGUGGCGGUGACUGUGGCGGGCGUGUGCCUGUGUGUUUUCUGGAUCACGUUGGUCUAUCAUCUCCUCUGACAUGAAACGCUAUACGGUGAUCCAGCUCCAGACUCUGACCUCCUGCUCAUUUUGUACAUUUGCCCUAAAAAAACGAUUUAUAAUUUUAUUUAAGCAGAAAGAGCAAGAAUUUUUUAGAAAAUCCUUUGAUAAAGCACUUUAAUUUAUUUGAAUGUUACUGAGUACCUAAAGGGUACAUAUAGUUGGGUAAACUUGCAGAACUGGCUUUGUUUUGACAACGAUAACUCUGGUGGGAACCAAACACUUGCUCACAAAUGAACUCAAGUUCACUUUUUUGUGUGUGGAGAACUUACAAACUUCCAAAGGGGCAGAAGGAAAAAUUUGUUUUAGAAUCACAAGGCAAAAAAAAUCAGAAAUGUUUAGUGGGUACAAGCGUAUUAAUGAGCAAAAGGAAGCCGUUUAAUAAUCGAUCAAAGUCAUAGGAUAAGCGGGACCAGCUGGUUUCUCCAUGUUUUUUUCCCAUCCUGCUUGGUGUUCAGCUCUCAAACGAGCAGCUGUAGGAACUGUAUGAUAUAUUUCUGGUGGUUUAGUUUCCUUCAGUCUUUGGUCCUCUCUUGAGAGUGCGAGGGAAGCAAAUGAAACUGUGUGAAGUGUGAGAUUUAUCAGUAUUACUGAAUCAAGACCUGGGGGGAAACUGUUGCAGAAAUCACACCUCAGAAGUAGUUUUUUUGUAGAUUUUCUGGAAGCUUGACCGUCUCAAAGCCGCUUUUCUCCUUCAGAAUCUGCUGGAAUGACGUUGAUCCUGUUAACGGUUGAAAAGUUACAAUAAAUCAAAGAACAUAAACACUGAUUUUCCAAAUAUGAACAUGGAGCCGAACAAAACAAACUAAGCCUGGAAAUAAAAAUAAAAUUUGUGCUUUUUAGCAAAAACAAAUCAAAUCAUUAAGUUUUCUUUGUGUUUUGUUGUCUGGCUGUUUGACUCUGUUUUGCUCUUAAUUAUUUUAUCUGGAUAUGUUUAUUUCUUUCUGCACCAUCAGUGAGAGGGAGGGAGAGGAUGAUGACACUCUUGUAAAGUUAAGCUUUGUUCCAAAGAGGAAGCCAUGCAUCAUUAGAACUGGUCUCUCAAUCUCCAUGAUUAUAGUGUUGCUUCAAAAAUGUUACCAUCGCAAGAUAACAUCGAGCUAUUAAUAACAAUACAAUAAAACAAUCCUGGUGCCUCAAUCAAGCGGAUCCCAAACAGAACAGGUGGUAACACAUCUGAGCUUCUGAAGCAUGAAACUGUCUUAAGUCAAGAUGGGAUGAGAGGUUUUCUUUGAGUGGUUGUUGUAUUUCCACAGCAGCAAUGUUUCUUUGACUUGUUUGAGAAGAAUAAAAUACUUG